UUGAAUCCAUCAUCACACCACCGGCAGUUGUUCAAGAUGACGGCGUAUAUCGAUACCAUACUCCAAAAUCCGCAAUAUGCGGUUCUUUCCGCAAUUUCCGUUGUUACACUCUUAAUCGUCAACUUUUCUUUCUUCACCCAACAAGAGAAAUACCCUAUCCUGAUCCCCAAGAAGCCUUUCGAGUUGACAAACACGCGUGUAGUCAAAGAGUUCAUUGCCAACAGCAGAAGCCUCCUUGCAAACGCGCGCACAGUUUAUAAAGAUCAGCCAUACCGAGCUUAUACCGAGCUAGGCAAGGUUCUGGUUAUUCCUCCUUCGUGGGUGGAUGCCUUGAAGAGCAACCGACACCUAGACUUUCAGACGCCAGCCCGAGAUGAUUCUCAUGAGUACAUUCCUGGUUUCCAACCUUUUGGUGGAUCUCAUAAGCUUACGACUGUUAUCAACAAGUAUAUUACAAAGGCUUUGAUGAAGUUAACAGGGCCCAUAUCGGAAGAAGCAUCUUUGUCAAUUCGGGAUACUCUCACCGACUCCAGAGAAUGGCACCCCAUCCGACCCCAGGCAGACCUUAUCCGCGUGGUAUCACGCGUUUCUUCCCGAAUCUUCAUGGGCGAAGAGCUCUGCCGCGACGAAGAGUGGAACAGGACCUCGAGCGAAUAUACUCUAUUGGCUUUUGGCUACGGCGGCUUAUUGAGAUCUUAUCCCAGGUGGCUUCGCCCAUACAUCCACUGGUUCCUCCCGCAGUGCUGGGAAGUCCGCGCCAAGCUGAAUGAAGCGCGACAGUGCCUUCAGCCUCAUAUUGAACGACGAAAAGGUAUCAAGCAGAAAGCACUCGCCGAGGGAAAGCCAUCUCCUUUCGAUGAUUCCAUUGAGUGGUUUGAGAAAGAGUAUGAGAAGCAUGAUCCUGCUACAGAGCAGAUUGCUGUUUCGAUCGUGGCGUAUCAUACUACAUCUGACCUACUCGCUGAGACGCUUCUCAAUCUUUGCCAACAUCCUGAACUGUUCCAGGAACUUCGGGAGGAGAUUAUUACGAUUUUGACUGCCGAAGGAGGACUGACCAAGGGCGCGUUGUAUAACUUGAAGUUGAUGGACAGCGUGGUCAAGGAGUCCCAACGACUGCGACCAAUUCUGCUCGGUGCUUUCAGGAGAAUCGCCACUGCCGACGUCACCCUCCCCAACGGCGACAUUCUCAAGAAAGGCGACAAGAUCAUCGGCGGCAUGUCACAUAUGUGGGAUUCCGAUACCUACGAUAACGCGCUUGAAUUCGAUCCCUAUCGCUUCGUUAAAAUGCGUCAGACAAGUGACGACAAGAAAGCCCACCUUGUUAGCACCAGCGCUGAUCAUCUUGGUUUCGGUCAUGGUUUCCACGCAUGUCCUGGUCGCUUCUUCGCUGCGAAUGAGAUCAAGAUCCUUUUAUGCCAUAUGUUGCUCAAGUAUGACUGGAAGCUACCGGAGGGUUGCAAGCCGCAGCCAUCUCACUCGGGGUUUAAACUGCUUGGCGAUUACUCUUCGAAUCUGCUGGUUCGGCGUCGCACUGAGGAGUUGGAUAUUGAUUCGCUUUCCAGCUCAUAAGGCCACGAUUCUUUGCCUUAUUCAUAAAUUGAGAAUAUUACGAGCCGAAGUCAGGAUGGAGUCAUUUGUAUACUAGCUUGAUCAAAAUUGCC